GUCGGCCGGCUUGAUUUGGCGAUCCUGAUUGACUGCACCGAACAGUUCUGCACUGAAAGCAUUAAGAAACGGAGAGAAACCAGCAAGGAGAUACGGCCCGAUGACGCACCAGAAGUGGUGAAUACUCGCUUGGAGGUAUUCAAGCAGAAUACACUACCGAUGCUGAAAUAUCUGGAUGACAAAGGGAAGCUUAAAGUGGUACGUGUGAACAAGGUUGAUGGUGACACUGAUUUGGAUAAAGUAUUCGAGGAUUGUGCCAUGGCGAUCGACAGCGCUAUUUUUAUUGAAGGUAGCUUUUUUCAGUUAUCCAAUUUCAAUAAUACAAUCUUCAAGGAAAAUUAA